GUCCUACAGGUAUGGAUCUCUGGCAGCUGCUGUUGACCUUGGCAGUGGCAGGCUCAGGCAGUGCUUUUUCUGGGAGUGAAGCCACACCAACUAUCCUUGGCAGCGCAUCCCAGAGUCUACAAAGAGUUAAUCCAGGCCUAGGGACAAAUUCUUCUGAGAAGCCUAAGUUCACCAAGUGCCGUUCACCUGAACUAGAGACUUUUUCAUGCCACUGGACAGAUGGGGUUCGUCAUGGUCUAAAGAACGCAGGAUCCGUACAGCUGUUCUAUAUUAGAAGGAGCACGCAAGAAUGGACUCAAGAGUGGAAAGAAUGCCCCGAUUAUGUCUCUGCCGGAGAAAACAGCUGUUACUUUAAUUCAUCUUAUACCUCCAUUUGGAUACCCUACUGUAUCAAGCUAACCAGCAAUGGUGGUACGGUGGAUCAAAAGUGUUUCUCUGUUGAGGAAAUAGUGCAACCAGACCCACCCAUCGGCCUCAACUGGACUUUACUGAACAUCAGUUUAACGGGAAUCCAUGCAGAUAUCCAAGUGAGAUGGGAACCACCACCCAAUGCGGAUGUUCAGAAGGGAUGGAUAGUCCUCGAGUAUGAACUACAAUACAAAGAAGUGAAUGAGUCCCAGUGGAAAAUGAUGGACCCUGUAUUGUCAACAUCAGUUCCAGUUUACUCGUUGAGACUGGAUAAAGAAUAUGAAGUGCGUGUGAGAUCUAGACAACGAAACUCUGAAAAAUAUGGCGAGUUCAGUGAGGUGCUCUAUGUAACACUUCCUCAAAUGAGUCCAUUUGCAUGUGAAGAAGACUUCCAGUUUCCAUGGUUCUUAAUUAUUAUCUUUGGAAUAUUUGGGCUAACGAUGAUAUUAUUUUUAUUCAUAUUUUCUAAACAACAAAGGAUUAAGAUGCUGAUUCUUCCCCCGGUUCCAGUUCCAAAGAUUAAAGGAAUUGAUCCAGAUCUCCUCAAGGAAGGAAAAUUAGAAGAGGUGAAUACAAUCUUAGCCAUUCAUGACAACUAUAAACCUGAAUUCUACAACGAUGACUCUUGGGUUGAAUUCAUUGAGCUGGAUAUUGAUGACCUAGAUGAAAAGACCGAAGGAUCAGACACAGACAGACUUCUAAGCAACGACCAUGAGAAAUCACUUAACAUCCUUGGGGCAAAGGAUGAUGACUCUGGACGUACCAGCUGUUAUGAACCUGACAUUCUGGAGACUGAUUUUAAUGCCAGUGAUGUGUGUGAUGGUACUUCAGAGGUUGCUCAGCCACAGAGGUUAAAAGGGGAAGUAGAUCUCUUGUGCCUUGACCAGAAGAAUCAAAAUAACUCACCUUCUACUGAUACUACCCCUACCACUCAGCAGCCCAGCAUUAUCCUGGCGAAGGAAAACAAACCAAGACCACUUCUAAUUAGUGGAACUGAGUCAACUCAGCAAGCUGCCCAUACUCAGCUAAGCAACCCGAGUUCACUGGCAAACAUUGACUUUUAUGCCCAGGUAAGCGACAUUACUCCAGCGGGGAGUGUAGUCCUUUCCCCAGGCCAAAAGAAUAAGGCAGGGAUAUCUCCAUGUGACAUGCCUCCAGAAGUGGCCUCACUCUGCCAAGCUAACUUCAUCAUGGACAAUGCCUACUUCUGUGAGGCAGAUGCCAAAAAGUGCAUCACUGUGGCCCCUCACGUCGAGGCUGAAUCACGUGUAGAGCCAAGCUUUAACCAGGAAGACAUUUACAUCACCACAGAAAGCCUUACCACUACCGCUGGCCAGUCUGGGACAACUGAGAGGGCUGUGAGUUCUGAGAUGCCUGUCCCAGACUAUACCUCCAUUCACAUCAUCCAGUCUCCGCGGGGCCUUGUGCUCAAUGCAACUGCCUUGCCCUUGCCUGACAAAGAGUUUCUCUCAUCAUGUGGCUACGUGAGCACAGACCAACUGAACAAAAUCAUGCCGUAGCCUUUCUUUGGUUUCCCA